AUGUCAUCUUUACCAACUGGUUUGGUUAAGGGGAUAUCAGGUUCAAUUGCAACUCUGUUUAAACCAGUCAAUCAAGAAAGAAAACGGCUUUGCGACGAGGUGAAUGACGUGUGGGGGUCACCCAAGCGACAAAAAGUCGACGUAUUUUCCAGAUUCUGCACGCCAGAGAUGAAAGAAAUGACCCAACACACCGUGGUCUUGAUGGACUUCCCUGACGAAAUCAUUCUCCUCAUCUUGUGA